AUGGUGCCGAUCAAACGCGAAGAGGAGCCCGAAUGCCCGGAUGAAGAGGAUUACUACCGCUACGUGCCCGUGGAAGUGAAAAGACACGAGACGCAGGCAUUCGCGCCUUCGUCGCCGACACACCUUAUGGACUUGAGUAACGGCUCGGAGAGGCCGACGCUACAGCAAGCUUGGCCCUCCAAUGUAAUAUUCGACAGCGAUCAGGACCGCGAUUAUCAACAGCAUCAAUAUCCUCCAUACGAUCAACUGUACAUACCCGAUCAGAGGCAGAGACAGAUGUCUCGGACAUUCUACUUCGACGACUCCAAUUCCCAGGACAGAGCUGGCAGUUUCUAUGAAAAUAACGAAAUGCCAAAAUCGUGCGAGCCCGUUUAUAGGGCAUCGACCGAAGAGCGCAGCGACGACAACGAAGAACAGAGAAGGUCACGGAAACGUUCCUCCAAAUCGUCGAGGAAGAAAACCCAGUCGUUCGAGGAAAUACAAAUUCAGCGAGUGAUGGCUAACGUUCGGGAGAGGCAGAGAACGCAGAGUUUGAACGAUGCCUUCGCCAGCCUGCGGCAGAUCAUACCAUCGCUGCCCAGCGAUAAACUUUCGAAGAUACAGACGUUGCAGUUAGCGACGCAGUACAUCGAGUUCUUGUACCAGAUCCUCUCGAACAGUGAGUCCUCUACGAGCAGCGAUGGAAGCAGCGACUCUGGCAGCGAACACGGCAAGUAUCUCGCGCAGGACAAGUUAAGUUACGCUUUCUCCGUAUGGAGAAUGGAAGGCGAGUGGACUAAUGGUCAAACG